GGCAGGUGCUCUGUACAAAGCAGCUAGCGGUGGUCACACAGAAAUUGUUAAGACACUCCUGGACAAGGGAGCCAACGUAAAUAAGUCAUAUGCUUUGUCCGGAGCAGCUUUGGGUGGUCACACAGAAAUUGUUAAGAUACUUCUGGAUAAGGGAGCCGACGUAAAUGAGGCAGAUGCUUUGUCCAGAGCAGCUAGAGGGGGUCACACAGCUAUUGUUAAGAUACUCCUGGAUAAGGGAGCCGACGUAAAUGAGGCAGAUGCUUUGUCCAGAGCAGCUAGAGGGUGGUCACACAGCUAUUGUUAAGAUACUCCUGGAUAAGGGAGCCGACGUAAAUGAGUCAUAUGCUUUGUCCGGAGCAGCUAGAGGGGGUCACACAGAAAUUGUUUGGAUGCUCCUGGAUAAGGGAGCCGACGUAAAUGAGUCAUAUGCUUUGUCCGGAGCAGCUCAGUGUGGUCACACAGAAAUUGUUAAGAUACUUCUGGAUAAGGGAGCCGACGUAAAUAAGGUUGGUUAACUGAACAUUUUAAUGGAACCUGUAUGGUGAUGCUCUAUUUUAAUACUGCUUG